AUGGACGACGCAGCUAGGCUUAGACAAUCCAACGACGCGCGUUGGACACCUUUUGCGCAAGCGGCGUCUGACUAUGCCAAGCGCAGCAAGGCCUCCACAUCGCAGCAGUUCUCGCCAAAGCGAUCGGCUGAACCCCCGCCAAAGCGCAUCAUUUGCAACAAGAGGCAGCAGACGGCCUUGCGCCUUCGCUGCUGCCGUUGCCUUGCCUCGGCCGCAGAGCGUCGUGUCUACGACCUGCUGUUCAAGCCGGGAAGCGAGGAGGUCUUCUAUCGCACGCUCCACGCCUUCGCUGCGCGGGUGGACGCACGGGCAGCCUCCAACGCCUUUGCCUCGCUCGCGAGGUUGGAGGCGCGCCGCCUGCAGUUGCAGGCAGAGCCAGGCCAACGCCCGGCUCGGGGCAGCGCCCGUCACGCUGGCUCCACGCUUGUGUUUGAGGAUGCCCUGAGCCAGCGCCUGCAAGACGCCCUGGAGCAGCGUGAGGAGCUUCGGCCGGUGCAGGCGGUGAACCUCAUGUGGUCUCUUGCAAAGGUCGCAGCGCGGGAUCCUUUCCAAGCGCUGGUCACGCCCAUUCGCGACCGUGUCGUUGCAGAAACGCCGAGGCUUACUGGCCGCGACCUGUCGACGGUCUUGUGGGCCCUAGCGGUGCUGGUAGCAGAUACCCCCCACAAGUACUUGGGACAAGGACACUUUCCGGCUUACCUGUCGCAGAGGUUGCGGAUCCUUGCAGACAGCCGGGAACUGUCGGGCGUUGACUUGACGCAAUCGGUCUGGGCCGCUGCCAAGCUGGCGGAGUGCGGUCUUCCAGACAUGGGCGAGUUGUUCUUCUCGCUGGCCAAGUGCGCUUUGGGCCAGACCUCCAGCUUUGAGUGCCACUCCGUGUCAGUUUCCAUGUGGUCCAUCGGCCUCUUGGAGGAGUACCACAACACCGCGGAGGUGCAGGCCUUGGCCAAGGAGCUUGCGGGGGCCGCAGUGCCGCUGGCGCCGCAGAUGAAUUCUCAGAUGCUUGCGAACUGUGCCUGGGGCGCGGCGCGCGUUCGGGUGGAUUGGGAGCCCUUCCACCAAGCCAUGGCUGAAGCAGGACUCCAUGUGUGGAGGACGAGGGGUCAUGCUGUCUUGGACCAGCACAUCUACAACCUCGUGUGGAGCUUUUGCAAGGCAGAGGUGUGCAGCACCGGUGCCACCAGGCAGCUCCUGCUUCGCGCCGCGGAGGAAGCCCGACCUUGCGGCCGCUUUGAGCGCAUGGCAAGCUUUCACGCCGCAGGUUUGUCCUGGGUCAUGGCCAAAGUCUUCACCUCCGAUGUUUUGGCUGAGAGCAAAGAGCUCACGCAGGACGUUCCAAAGGACGUUCAGCUGGCGCUGGUUUGCACCAUGCGCCGCGCCCGGAGGGAGUUUGAGACUUGGCGCCCCAAGGACCUGUCCUGGGCUCUCUGGGCGGGUGCCCGCGCCCAGCUGCAAGACCCAGCUGUGACGCUGCUGGAGCCAGUGAUGCAGCAGCUGGCAUCCGAGGAAGCGCAGGAGGUGACGGCCCAGGACUUUGGGAUCGUGCUGUGGUCCAUGGCUGCCUUGGAAGUAGGCAGGGCCGCAGUGCCUCCGCAGCUUCUGCUUCGCUUCCUGACGCGCGCCAAAGUGAAGCUGCAAGAUGUGGGUCCAAAGGAGGAUGCCUUGCUCGCCAACUAUGCGUGGGCCUGUGCUAAGGCGGACCUGCGCGAACCAGAGCUCAUUGGGCUGGUUCUCAGCAAAGCUCGCGAGGGCUUCUCCCACUGGGAGAGCCGUGGGCGCGUCAUGGUGGCCUGGGCCCAAGUCGCCGGCUGCCCUGCGACCCGCCAAAGCUGGAGCUUCCUCAAAGAGACCUACGAGUCCGGCUUGGACUCGCUGAACGAGGGCCGCGCUGAGAAUGCGACCGCUCACGCGGAGCAGCUGGCUUCGCUGCGCUUGGCGCUGGGCUACUUGCCCGGCUACGGCCUGAGGCUUCGGCCGAUGCCCCUGCACCUUCAUCGGCAGCGGGGCUUUGAAGUCACAACGUCCGCGCUGCAAGAGCGCGUUGAGGGGGUGCUUCGCAACAUGGGCCUCGCGCAGGGCUUGGCGAAACCGGCGGAAAGCAUCUCAGGACGAUUUUCGGGCGCGGACCUUUUUGCCACUCCGCGAUUUGUCCACGAGAGAAGACAACGUGGCCUUGUAGCGGCUGCCGCGUAGAACAUCUGGUUAGAGUUCAACCCGUCACUGCGAACGGCCUAGGUUGCCCGCCUGCGUGGCCACAGUUAA